GUGAUCAAAAUUUAUUUUCCGACGCAAAAUAUAGCACUGCGCGUUGAUGAAAUGCAUCCGACACCCAUUUCAUCUUCAUUUCAUUUCACAUUUCACAAGCUUUUGCUCCCAUAUUCCUCUUAUGAAGUUCUGCUUUUUCCGUUUCUCCUUCAACGAAGUUGCAAAGAUAUUGAAGAAAGAAACGAACGAAGGGUUCUCUCUCUCGUCACCGUAGAAAGGAAGCAACUUGCCUUGGUGGCAUUUCUAGGUUUGAUGUGUCUGCUUUCUACUUUCUGGAUCAUUUCUGCUAUACUUAUUGAUAAAUUUGUUGUGUAUCAUUUGAUUUAUAGCAGUCACUGUUAGCAAAACCCUAAUUUAUACGAAGUGAAUUCAGCGUUGGAUCAUAUUGCAUCCUUGUUUGGUUAUAUUCAAAAGUCGUUCAAAGCUGUAAUAAUAGAAGAAAACUUUGCUUCUUGUUGGUUGUUGCUACCAUGUCUGAGUCUGAUAAUUCCAUGGCUGAGUCUGAACAAGUUUCGUUAAGACUUCUGGUGAACAAAGAGACCGACAAAGUCAUAUUUGCAGAGGCAGGAAAAGACUUUGUGGAUAUUCUCUUUAGCUUCUUAACAAUGCCUUUAGGAACCAUCGCCAGGCUUGUGGAUAAAAUAUCAGACUUGGGUCCAAUUCGAUUUGGUUGUCUAAGCUCACUCCUUGAAUGUGUGGAGAAACUUGACCCAGGGUGUGUGGGGACUGAGACAUGUAAACAAAUGCUUAUGCGGCCGACGAAUUUCGCCGAAGAUUAUUGCAGGGAUCUGAAAAUCAACAUUGAUGAGGACAUGGAGCCCUUGAGGUACUUCUUGUGUACUAAGUUACCCUAUUGCAGCCAUUACAUGUUGUCUAACUUUGAAAAUCAACGAUGCAAAUGUGGAAAUCCGAUGGACCGUGCUAUAGCAGCCAGAAGGAAUGCCUUAAAUGGAUUUGUAAAUGUUGGUUCUACUUUUAUCAUCACGGAUGAUCUGGUUGUCAUUCCAAACACAAUGGAUACAGACCUUGGUUUCUUGCAGAAAUGUGGAGUAGAAAACUUGAGUUCUGUACGGACAAUGACUGUGAAUGUCACCAGGACAAAGGUUCUGGAUAUGCUCGAAUGUUCUUUAUUGUCCAAGUCAGCUCUGACGGAUUUGUUCUUAUCAAAGAAUUUAUUGGAUGAUACUGAGAAGUUGAGCUUUUCUCCUGUUGUUGUCGAAAACAGUAGUAAUGUUCAAAUCAAAGUGAAGCUAGUUAUGAGAAAAUCAGAUGGGAAGAUAUUGUUUGCUGAAGGGGAAGAAGAUUUUGCUGACUUCCUUCUAAGUUUUCUCACUUUACCUUUGGGGGGAGUAGUGCGUAGGUUAGGAGGAUGUUCUUCUUUGGGCUGCAUUGAUGCGUUGUAUAAGAGCGUAGUUGAUUUAGAUGAAAAAUAUUAUAUAUCAAAGGAAGAGAAGAACAUGCUUGUUGGUCCUCGCAUUACUGCAAUGUUCCAAUCAAGCAUAAGCAAGCAGAUGUUACCGAUUUGUGAACAGACUGCACAAUUUGAUUGUCAUGUUAAGGAUGAUAUUUACAAAGAUAUGAACUUCGUGGAUCCCAAGUCAUCUACUGGAAGUCAUAAAGGUUUUGCCAAGGGACCAGCAAUAUUCAUGGCUACUGAUGACUUGUUUGUGACGCCAAUGUCUCCAAUUUUGGGUUUAUCUUUACUCAACCAGUUAAACUUAUCUCUUAAUGACUUGAAGGAAAAAGUUGUCGUCAUUGGCAUUAAGGAAGGUUUAAACAUAUUGAAAGCAUCUUUAACCUCAAUGUCAGCUUUGACAAAAGGUCUCAGCCACUUGCUAACUGAAGUCAUGGAGGAGAAAUGCAAUAUAAUUACAAGAAGCAAAAAACAGACCACAGAAGGAGGAAUUGACUCAAAUGAGAGCCACCUGAAGAAGAAACGAAAGAGUAGUUGAGUAAUUAUGUGUUGGCGCUCAGUUGCAUGCAUUGCAUCACGCUAUGUCCAACAUUCUGCUGAUGUCCUAUGACCAGAAUGAUGCGGUGCACUAGUUUCAUGCUACAGGACGUGUUAUUUGGUUUUAGUGGAGUUUUGGAGUCCCAUUUUGUUUAGGAAGAGAUGAUCUUAUUUUUGGUAUUUAAGAGAGAAAAUCUGAGUGGAAGGACGAAGGAGUAAAACCUAGAGAGAGAGAGAAAAAAAAAACACCAAAUUUGAUGAGAUUCAAAGCAUAGGCUGGAAGAACCAUAUUUUAUUGAUAUGGACUUCCUUUGAAUUAGAGAUAUUGUUUAAUAGCAUCUUUUGCAUCCCCAUCACUUAACCUUAACUUUCUUCGUUAGUUUCUCUUUGUCAGUUAAUAGAUUUUUGGUUUUUUUGUCCUUGGGAAUUGAACAUAGGUACCAUAGGACCUUACAACAUUCAUGCACUCUAUUCAAACAAUUGUGCUAGACCCUAUUUAUGCAUACUGCACUUAAUUGUUUGUUCCCCAACUGAGAUAAUUUCUUUGAUGGGAUUUGGACUAUGUGCAUGAGCAAUGCUUGUUUGAUUACAUUCACUGGUUAGUUGUGUUAAUUAGUCAAUGGAACAGAAGCAUAUACCCAUUGACAUUGCAUGACCCGAAAGACUUCUGUUUAGAAGGAAGUUUGGGUUAACAGAUGGAUACAUACAUAGUAUGUCAACCUAGUAAUAGGUUGUUGUUAUGCCUCUAUUCUUUAGUGUUUUGGCUUGCAAAUUAAUUAAUCAAACCAUUGAUUUGGUAGGAAGGGUUAUUUAGAGUUAAGUGGUUCGGUGAAAACAGUG